AUCAUUCUCGCCAAUUAUAUUCUCGCGACAAUGUUUCGGCUCUUUAAUUUAUUCAUGUUAUCAAUGUGGACUUUGAACGUUUACGCAAUACCGGUUUAUUAUCCCCGGCAGCCCAAUUCGCUUGGCAAUGUCAACGCUAUUGCUGGUGAUUUCGAACGUACUAAUGUUUAUAAGGAUGACGAAUAUCGAUUGAAAUCCGUAGAAAUGGAACGACUUUUUGGUUUUUGGUCUUUCGCAGAAUGCGAAGAAUAUGCCAGGGCAGCUGGGCAAACAACAUGGAUAAUGUCGGGGUUCUUUCCAAUACCGAUAUUUACCGAGUGCAAAAAGAUCGUUAAUUCGUUGACUUUCGACACCGGAAUAGCGAAGGCCAAUGAGUUUCCGCACAUGGCAGCGAUAGGUUGGGUUUUGCCCGAUCAUACGAUAGGCUAUUACUGCGGUGGUAGUCUAAUUUCGGAAAAAUGGAUCAUGACUGCUGCCCAUUGCACACACGGACCGCUGGGUAAACCGGCAGUCGUUCUUCUCGGUUCUAAUCGGCUGAGCGAUACCAGAACAGGAAAAUUGAAGUGGAUCAAAAGGUCGAUCAGACAUCCGGCUUACAACCCUCCAAGCAUGUACGCCGAUCUCGCUCUUCUGGAGUUAGCCAGAAGGGUCUAUUUCCAGCCAAAUAUAAAACCGGCUUGUUUACACGUGGAAUUUGAUAAAACGCCGAUAAAAGUUUGGGUCACCGGUUGGGGCAGCACACAAUUUGACGAUGAGCUCAGUGACGUUUUGAUAAAGGCAGAACUCGAAGUGAUCGAUAAUGUGCGGUGCUCCUUAUCGUACAAUUCCUCGACUUCGGUGCCGAGUGGCGUUGUACCGAGCAUGAUUUGCGCCGGUGAUCCUCAAGGCGGUUGGACGAAGGAUACUUGCCGCGGCGAUUCGGGAGGUCCCUUACAAUCUAUUCACCCCAACGGUUGUCUCUACGAGCUCAUCGGUGUUACGAGCUUUGGAAAAGGAUGUGGGAGUUCCGGUCUUCCGGGAGUUUAUACCAGGGUUUCUCACUAUGUCGAAUGGAUCGAAUCUGUCGUUUGGCCCGAAGACGAUUGACUUCAUUUUCGACGUCGUCGCGUUGCGAUUCAAUAACCCGUUUAUACGAAAAUUAUGUGCAAUCUAGUCUUUGACUUGACAUCGUUUAUUUGCUUACGCCAAAAUCGUAAAAUUUUUAUUGGAAUUAAAAUUUUAACCUUUGCAUCGGAAUGUCGGUGUAUAAAAUAAAAAAAAUAUACGAAAA